UUGGCACUCAUUUUUCGGAUCUCUGUGUCCAAAAUCAAACUCUCAAAGAUAACCAACUUUGCCUGUGUUGUAACCAUCACAAAAAAGGCAAAAAAACAAACCAAAGAAUGGCUGAAGAUCCACAAGACAUAGCUGAUCGCGAACGAAUUUUUAAGCGUUUUGAUUUAAAUGGUGAUGGCAAAAUCUCUUCAGCAGAACUUGGAGAAACCUUGAAAAUGUUAGGCUCUGUAACUUCUGAAGAAGUCCAACAUAUGAUGGCUGAACUUGACACUGAUGGGGAUGGCUUUAUUUCUUAUGAAGAAUUCGAAGAAUUUGCUCGAGCCAAUAGAGGUUUGAUUAAGGAUGUUGCUAAAGUAUUCUAGCUUUCUUGAUGCACACGCCUUACCAUUAGAAGCGGAUUUAGAGUGGGUUCUACGAGUUUAACCGCAUUCAUUGUUUUCAGCUCAUACUAUGUAUGCAUAUGCAAAAAAGAUUUAAAAUGUAUACAUAUAAUAAGAUUAUACUCAUUUUGAACCUGCUAAUUCUAAAUUCUGGAUUCGCUUCUACAGUUGAUAUAAUUGAAUAUUCUUCCUACAUUUUGAUA